AUGGUAUCAUCCAACAUGUUGAACCGCAUUAAAGAUAAAUUCUCAACCAAAACCUCCACUCCGCACUUGAAGAACAAACAUAGCGACUUCAACAUGGGUAACUCAAAUACAACUCCCAGCUACGACAGCAACAAUCCCUUCCUCGAUAUCCCCACCAAGGCACCCCCUGCUUAUGAAUCAACAACCAAGGCUUCUAAUCUUGAACUUCCUUGUCGAGCUGCUUCUCCUGCACCCAGUAUCACGAGUGUAACCUGCGACGAAGAUAGAUAUGCUUUCCUCACAACCUUUGAUACCGUCUUCGUCAUCGACGACUCUGGUUCCAUGACCGGUCGAUCAUGGAGGGAAGUCCGCGAAGCACUCAGUACCAUAGCACCAAUCUGUACAUCUCACGACCCCGACGGCAUCGACGUUUACUUCUUGAAUCACCGAUCAACCAAUGUUACAUCAGGAACACAAGCCCCUGGAGGAUACUACCAGAUCCGCGACGCCAAUGAAGUCCAGCACCUCUUCAAAUCCGUCCGACCCUGCGGUUCAACACCCACAGGCGCUCGUCUCCAUAGCAUUCUCAAGCCUUAUGUUUCGCACAUCUCUCGUCGCGCUGAGAACAUUGACUCGACCAAGCCUGUUAACAUCAUUGUGAUCACCGACGGAUAUCCCACAGAUGACCCAGAAAGCAUCAUUGUGCACCACGCUAAGAAGCUUGAUCAGAUUGAGGCACCUCCUCACCAGAUUGGAAUCCAAUUCUUUCAGGUUGGAGACAAACAUGGCGCUACAAAGGCUCUUCGCGAGCUAGAUGAUGACCUUAAGGAUCAGGGUAUCCGCGAUAUGGUUGAUACGACUACAUGGAACUCUACUACUCCGGACAACAGUCACACUCUAUCUGGUGAGGGAAUACUCAAAGUUGUUCUUGGUGCUGUUGUGCGACGCAUCGAUCGUGGGACUCCCCGUGAUAACCCCCAGGGCCAUGGUCAGUAG